CUAGUCGCCAUGGAGGCAGUUUUGACUGAGGAGCUUGAUGAGGAGGAACAGCUGGUGAGAAGGCAUCGCAAAGAGAAGGCGCUGCAAGCCAAAAUUCAGGGUAUGAAGAAUGCUGUCCCCAAGAUUGACAAAAAGAGGAGGAAGCAACUUACUGAAGAUGUUGCUAAGUUAGAAGCAGAAAUGGAACAGAAACAUAAAAAGAAGCUGGAGCAAUUGAAGCUGACUUCUAAGGAGAGUAAAAUAGAUUCUGUUGCUGUCAAUAUUUCAAAUUUGGUUCUUGAGAAUCAGCUGUUUCGGAUAUCAAAAGCACAAGAGAGACAGGACAAAAUUGCUGCACUGGAAAAGGAGCAGGAAGAAAGGAUAGCUGAAGCUGAAAUUGAAAACUUAACUGGAGCUAGACAUGUAGAAAGUGAAAAACUUGCUCAAAUAUUAGCAGCUAGGCAGUUGGAAAUUAAACAGAUUUCAUCUGAUGGCCACUGUAUGUACAGAGCCAUCGAAGAUCAACUGAAAGAACAGGACUGCAGUUUGACUGUGGCUGCCUUAAGAUGUCAGACUGCUGACUAUAUGCAAAGCCACGUGGAAGACUUUCUGCCAUUUUUAACAAAUCCUAAUACAGGGGAUAUGUAAACUUCAGAAGAGUUUGGAAAGUACUGUGAUGAUAUCAUAAACACCGCUGCAUGGGGAGGUCAGCUUGAGCUAAGAGCCCUGUCUCACAUUUUACGAACACCAAUAGAGAUAAUACAGGCAGAUUCUCCUCCUCCUGUAGUUGGUGAAGAAUAUCCAAAAAACCCAUUAAUACUUCUUUAUAUGAGACAUGCAUAUGGCUUAGGAGAACACCACAAUUCUGUUAAACGGUUGGUGAACACAGCUAGUGAAAAUUGCUGCUAGUCUAUAAAAUGUUGCUGUUAUGUUUUAGUACGGUGUGCUGAUCUGAGUAUUAAUACCAAGUGUUGGAUUGUUCUAAAUGCUUCCGAAAAAAAACAACUACCUUAAAUCAGUUUUAUGGCAAAGCUACUAACAGGUUUUUAAAAAAUGUGUCAAAGAUAAACUUUCACCAAUGUCCCCUUAGUGGUGUUUUAAAAA